AUGCUAGGUCAGGAUCUUAGUGCAACAUUGCUCUGCAAACUUGGACCAGGGCACAGUGAGAUAGCAGAAGAGCUGUGCCAGCGUCUACAGCGAAAGGAAAGGAUGCUGCAGGACCUUCUAAGUGAUCGAAACAAACAAGAACAUGAAAUGGAGAUUCAAGGCCUGCUUCAGUCUAUGAGCACCAGGGAGCAGGAAAGCCAUUCAAGAAGAGAGAAGAUGGUGCAAGCCUUAAUGGAAAGAAAUUCAGAAUUACAGGCCCUGCACCAAUAUUUAGGAGGGAGAGACUCCCUGAUGUCCCAAGGACCCAUCUCUAACCAGCAAGCUGAAGUUACGUCCAUUGCCCCCCCUCUUGGAGAACAGACUGAUCAAGGUUCAAUGCAGAUACCUUCCAGAGAUGAUAGCACUUCAUUGACUGCCAAAGAGGAUGUCAGCAUACCCAGAUCCACAUUAGGAGACUUGGACACAGUAGCAGGGCUGGAAAAAGAACUGAGUAAUGCCAAAGCAGAACUUGAACUCACGGCUAACAAAGAAAGAGAAAGUCAGAUGGAACUUUCUGCUCUACAGUCCAUGAUGGCUGUGCAAGAAGAAGAGCUGCAGGUGCAGGCUGCUGAUAUGGAGUCUCUGUCCAGGAACAUACAGAUUAAAGAAGAUCUCAUAAAGGACCUGCAAAUGCAACUGGUUGAUCCUGAAGACAUACCAGCUAUGGAAUGCCUGACCCAGGAAGUCUUACUUCUUCGGGAAAAAGUUGCUUCAGUAGAAUCCCAGGGUCAAGAAAUUUCAGAAAACCGAAGACAACAGUUGCUGCUGAUGCUAGAAGGACUAGUAGAUGAACAGAGUCAGAUCAAUGAGGCCUUACAAGCAGAGAGACAGCUCUAUAGCAGCCUGGUGAAGUUCCAUGCCCAUCCAGAGAGCUCUGAGAGAGACCGAACUCUGCAGGUGGAACUGGAAGGGGCUCAGGUGUUACGCAGUCGGCUAGAAGAAGUUCUUGGAAGAAGCCUGGAGCGCUUAAACAGGCCGGAGACCCUGGCCGCCAUUGGAGGUGCAGCUGCAGGGGAUGACACCGAAGAUGCAAGCACUGAGUUCACUGACAGUAUUGAGGAGGAGGCCGCACACCAUAGUCACCAGCAAAUAAGUCAGUGUCAGGGUCUGAGGCUUCCAGGGUGGAUGGCACACAGCCCUUCUGAGGUCUGA